GUUCCAUUCCCCGAUGAAUAUACGCCCGCCGCAAACCAGUAGUCAAUGCUAACUUUUCUGAUUGGCGCCAACGCAAUGAGGCUGGAGAAUCCCGAGCCGCCCAUGUGUAACGCGAUCGCCGCCUCCGGCCCCGCCGGGGAGACCUCGCCCGCAGCCGAGGUUGACGGCGCCGAGGAGGGACUCUUAGUUCCGCCGCUGAAUUUCGCCAUGGUGGAUUACAGCGUCUUCCGUUCCGGAUUCCCCGAUCCUUCCAACUUCCCGUUCCUGCAAACCCUAGGCCUCCGCUCUAUUAUAUGUUUGUGUCCUGAACCGUAUCCUGCGGCGAAUCUGGAGUUCCUCAAUUCGAAUAGGAUUCAGCUUUUCCAAUUCGGCAUCGAAGGAUCAAAGGAGCCAUUUGUAAACAUUCCAGUGGAUAUGAUACGGGAAGCACUAAAAGUUGUCCUUGAUGAAAAGAAUCAUCCGCUGCUUAUUCAUUGUAAAAGGGGAAAGCACCGUACAGGUUGUGUGGUGGGGUGCUUGAGAAAGAUACAGCGAUGGUGCCUCACGUCCAUUUUUGACGAGUACCAGAGGCAUGCUGCCGAAAAGGCUAGGGUCUCAGACUUGCGAUUCAUAGAGCUGUUUGACUUCAACCAGCCAACACAAUUCAUUUCAUGCUCAAAGAAUUGACGAUUAGGUAUGAAAAUUGCAGUUUUGAUCGCCUUCUUUUCUUCUUCUUCCAGUUUCUAUGUUAUGGAAUAAAAAGGAUAAUGGGCUUUUUCGUAAUUCUAAAUUUUGAUUGUGUUCCAUUCUGAUAAAUGAUAAUGUUGCUAUGGGAUUUUGUUAGAUUGAAGAAAUGAGAAUGCAAGAAGGAUUUAAAAAGAAAAGGAGUUACUGGUACAAGUGACUGGACCUUCUAACUAACACAUGGCUCAAGAUCACUCCAAAUGGAUGUGCGCAUCAUUGGUGUUAGACUUCUAAUCCAUUUUGCCUGGUAGAAAUGACGACUGCCAAACAAGCCAUCAUAGACAAGCGCCCUUAUCAUCUUCCACUUAGAAUCAUGUCUAGCUAGCUCAUAUCUCUAGAAACACAGUGGAACAAUGAUUUCAUAGCCCACGACACUACUAUCCAUUUUUAUUCACUACACAAAGAAAUUGGAAACCUGUUC